AUGAAAGUGUUUUCCGGCAUUGAAGAGGCAAAGGAAUACGUCGGCAAGGAAGUCGGCGUCAGCCCGUGGUACGACGUGACGCAGGAGCGCAUCAACGCCUUCGCCGACGCCACCGGCGAUCACCAGUGGAUUCACGUCGACGUGGAACGCGCCAAGAACGAAUCGCCCUUUGGCGGACCGGUGGCGCAUGGCUAUUUCACGCUGUCCCUGGCACCCAAAAUGAUGUGGGAAGUGUACAAAAUGGAAGGCGUCAAGAUGGGCGUCAACUACGGCGUCAACAAGGUGCGUUUUCCCGCCCCGGUGCCCGCCGGCAGCCGCAUCCGCAUGCACCUGGAGCUCAAGGAGUUGCAGGACAUCGAAGGCGGCGCGCAGGCCGUCAUGCUGCUGACCUUCGAGCGCGAGGGGCAGGAAAAACCGGUGUGCGUGGCCGAAUCGGUAUCGCGCUGGUACGUUUGA